UUGAGAACCCGAGGUUUGCACCCCCAUUGCCGACGGCAGUUUCUCGAAUUCUUGCAGCUUUUAUGGCACCGGGGGGGGGGGGUGAUAAAGGUUGAUAUAUCCCUAUAAAAACUACAUCCGAUAUGUACAUCCGAAUUCAGUAUAGCACGAACCAAGAAACGAUACGUAACGAACUAUUAACGUCCAGCAGAAGAGAGUACGUUGCGCGUGAAAGUACGAAACGAUGCGUCAAACGUUGAUGCAGGGAAUGAUUAGUGCCGUGCUGCUACUGCUGCCGACACUGCCAGUGAAUAGUUUGGAGGAUAUUUCAGCGCCGGAAAACCUACCGCGUGGUACCAUCCAGUGUGAACAGGUCGGUGCAAUACCGGACGAUGAGUCGGACUCAUGUGCGACAUACUAUAUGUGUGCAGUGAACCCCGACAAUGUGUUGUCACCAGUGUUUGCCCAGUGUCCCGGCUCGACAGUGUUCUCGCGCGUACUACGCCAAUGCGUAGAUCCAUCCACGUACGCAUGCGACGGUACCGCCCGACGGAAAAGAGAAGCAGAAUUCCAAUGUACGGAAGAUGGCAGAUUUCCGAACGUUGAUUCAACCGACUGUAAAACGUACUAUCUCUGCACAAAGAAUACGGACGGUUCGCUGAUAGCGGCACUUGUCGCCUGUCCAACGUCUACCAUAUUUUCGGCGGAAAAGAAAUCGUGCGUUUCAUCGCCACCCAAUGUCUGCCCGUACGCACCAAUAACAACAACGGUGGAGCCACAAUCAAGCAGUACAUUAGCCGAACCAGGCGACACAUUCGUGUGUCCUAGCCAGGGGCGGUUUGUCAAUGAACAGUCACCAGACUGCAACACAUAUUAUCUGUGCUUAGUUAUUAGUAACCAGCUAGUACCACAGCUCGCUGCUUGCGCAGCAGGUUCAGUAUUCUCGGCCAUCGAACUAAAGUGCGUAACCGAAGAUUCGUACACGUGUCCAAAGUUGACUGCACCCACAGUCAGACCUCCAACUGUAACAACUCCGGUUAUGACGACUUUGGAAGCUACAACUCCUGGUGCAACAUCGGAAGUGACUACCAACAUACCGAUUACUAUUACGCCGCCGUCCAGCACUAUUUCGACCACUGAAGCUCAGACAACGGAAGGGACAACGAACAUACCGAUUACUAUUACUCCGCCGUCUAGCACAAUUUCGACCACUGAAGCUCAGACAACGGAAGGGACAACGAACAUACCGAUUACUAUUACUCCGCCAUCUAGCACAAUUUCGACCACUGAAGCUCAGACAACGGAAGUGACAACGAACAUACCGAUUACUAUUACUCCGCCGUCUAGCACAAUUUCGACCACUGAAGCUCAGACAACGGAAGGGACAACGAACAUACCGAUUACUAUUACUCCGCCGUCUAGCACUGGAUCUAGUACUUUUACAACCAUCCAAGAUGAUACCACAACAUCAGAGAUAACGACAGAAAGUCCAACAUCUACACCUGAGGUCACAGAGACAUCGGAAGUGACUAGUACUGAAUCUAGUACUGUUACAACAACUGAAGUCGAGAUCACAUCAGAGAUGACAACAGAAAGCCCAAUAUCUACAUCUGAGGUCACAGAGACAUCGGAAGCGACAAGUACUAUUCCGAUUACUAUCACUCCUGAUUCUGGAUCUAGUACUGUUACAACCACUGAAGUAGAGAUCACAUCAGAGAUGACAACAGAAAGCCCAACAUCUACAUCUGAGGUCACAGAGACAUCGGAAGUGACAAGUACUAUUCCGAUUACUAUUACUCCUGAUUCUGGAUCUAGUACUGUUACACCCACGGGAGCAGAGACCACAACAUCAGAGAUGACGACAGAAAGUCCAUUAUCUACAUCUGAGGUUACAGAGACAUCGGAAGUGACUAGUACUGGAUCUAGUUCUGUUACAACAACUGAAGUAGAGAUCACAUCAGAGAUAUCGACCGAAAGCCCAACAUCUACAUCUGAGGUCACCGAGACCUCGGAAGUGACUAGUACUGGAUCUAGUACUGUUACAACAACUGAAGUAGAGAUCACAUCAGAGAUAUCGACCGAAAGCCCAACAUCUACAUCUGAGGUCACAGAGACAUCGGAAGUGACAAGUACCAUACCGAUUACUAUCACUCCUGAUUCUGGAUCUAGUACUGUUACAACCACUGAAGAUGAGAUCACAACGUCAGAGUUGACGACAGAAAGUCCAACAUCUACAUCUGAGGUCACCGAGACAUCGGAAGUGACUAGUACUGGAUCUGUUACAACAACUGAAGUAGAGAUCACAUCCGAGAUAACGACCGAAAUGCCAACCUCAACAACUGACGUUACUUUAACCACUGCGGUAGGAGAAACGAGCACCAUGCCUUCGUCUACAACAACAGAGGAUCCUGAAACGCCUCCACCAAUCCAACUGACUACUUCAACAAAAUCACCACCAACCAUGAGUUCUACUAUCACAUUGCCAGCAACGACGACUAUCAGUUCUGGAGAUGGUGGCACAACAUUGACGCCUGGUAUGACAACACCCGGGAUGUUUCAGUGUGUAGCGGAGGGUCGUUAUGCCGAUCCCAACAGCUUCGACUGCGUAUCUUACAUACUGUGCGUUAAAAACAGCCUGGGAACGCUUACGCCGAUUCAAUUCUUAUGUCCACCAACCACAAUCUUUUCGGAUACGGUUGGCUAUUGUGUUUCGGCCUCGGCGUACAGUUGCAAAUACGAUACGUCCAGCAUUGCGCCACCAACAACGAUUUCGCCGACAAGUACGACGACGGUUAAGCCAACACCCACACCUUUCGUGUGCCCGAACACUGGUAGAUAUCCUAAUCCGGAUUCGAUUUUCUGCAAAUCCUACUAUCUAUGUCUGUACGAUGGUAAGCUGAAUCUGAUCAGUGUGGAGCUAAGCUGCCCAGGUGGCUCUAUUUUCGCCACCGACGAAAUGAAGUGCGCAUCGGCCGAAGAGUAUCAGUGCGUUAAGGGUACCGCAACAACGGUAGCAGUAUCCAGCACUACCACUACCACGGCUGUCCCAACUACCACAAGCACAACAACAACCAGUUUGGCCGGUACAUGCACAAUGGCGGGAAAGUUUCCAAACAGCUUGCGAAACGAUUGUUCGUCGUACCAGUUCUGUGUGACGGUCGCAUCCGGUGAGCUGGUUGAGGUGAUUCUUCAAUGUCCAGGCAACACACUGUACGACGAAGACAAGAAGACAUGCUCGGAUAAGUAUGUAUGCACCCGGGGAAUGAACUAGUGCAUAAACGGCGCUGGUUCUGCGCAUUUGUUGCUACGAACUUCGUAUAGUUAUCGAUUAGAAUAAACCACUGUGUACAAUGCA